AAGAAUCUUUCUUUGCAGAUGGAUUUAAUGGGCCCGGAUGAGAGCUGGAGUCUUUUCAAAAGUGUAGCAUUCUCAAGUGAAGCAUUACCAUAUGAGUUUGAGACUGUUGGAAAGCAAAUCGCAGAUGAAUGUCACGGGUUACCACUAACUAUUGUCGUGGUUGCUGGACUUCUCAAAUCUAAAAGGGCAAUAGAAGACUGGAGAAGUGUUGCGAAAGAUGUCAAGUCAUUCGUCACAAAUGAUCCUGAUGAAAGAUGUUCACGUGUGCUUGGGUUGAGUUACGAUCACUUGACUAGCGAUCUAAAAGCAUGUCUUCUGCAUUUCGGGAUUUUUCCAGAAGACAGUGAUAUUCCAGUGAAGAAUUUGAUGAGAAAAUGGAUGGCUGAGGGGUUUCUGAAGUUGGAAAAUGAUUUGGAAGGAGAGGCUGAGAAGUGUUUGCAAGAGCUUGUCGAUAGAUGUCUAGUUCUCGUCUGCAAGAAAAGCCGAGAUGGAACGAAAAUUAUAUCCUGUAAGGUUCAUGAUCUAAUAUAUGACCUGUGCCUGACAGAACUUCAAAGGGAGAACAUUUAUAUCAUGAACGACAUUGUGCUUGGCGUAUCAAAACGUGGAAAUCUCAGUAUGCAAAAAAUGCAGCCCUUUAAACGCGUGACUGGUGGUGAAAUUGAUUAUUGUCCCAAUGGUCUUUAUAGGGCUCUUCUUACACCUGUACAUCGUCUGUUGAGAGAUCAUGACAACAACGAUCUUUUGAAACGAACCCGUUCUAUUUUCUCGCUUCAUCUUUCAUUUUCUUCUCGUGUUCUCAAAUCAGAGCUUAUUCAUUUCAAAUUACUCAAAGUCUUGGAGUUGAGACAAAUAGAGAUUGAUAAUUUCCCUCUACAGAUACUAAGCCUCAUCUGGUUGAGCUACCUAUCAUUGCAAUGCCGUGAGAAUUUAGACAUACCUCCAGAAAUUUGCAGGUUAUGGAAUCUGCAGACAUUCAUUGUUCAAGAGGUGCAGACAUUCAUUGUUCGUGGUCCUAGUCGAAUAGUUAAAAUAACUUUUCCUGAGGAAAUUUGGGGACUAAUGCAAUUAAGGCAUCUCAAACUGCCCAGAUUUUAUUUGCCAGAUUGCCCAAGUGGAUCUGUUGACAAAGGAAGACUUUCAAACUUACAAACUAUUGCUUACUUGUCUUCACGUUGUUGCACGAAGGAGGUUAUUUUGGGGAUUCAAAAUGUCAAAAAAUUAGGAAUCGUACAAGAUGAGAAUGACUAUGGAUGUUUUCGGGACGCUGGACUUUUCAACAAUCUGCAUCAACUUGAAACAUUAAGUUUACAAUAUUUGUUUAAUAGGUUUUUUCCAGCAAGUGCAGAAGCUUUUCCAGCAACGCUCAAGAAGUUGAAGUUGAAAAGAGCUUUUCUAAGUUGGUCGUGCUUGGACAUCAUAGCUGAAUUGCCUAACCUUGAGGUGCUGAAGCUGAUGGCUGAUGCAUGUCAUGGAGAAGAAUGGUAUCCAAAUGUUGAGGGAUUUACUCGAUUGAAACUUUUGAUAAUCGUAUUUACUAAUCUCAAGUACUGGAAAGCCACAUAUGACAAUUUUCCUGUCCUUGAGAGCCUUGUGCUUAGACAUUGCCGUUGUUUGAAAGAGAUACCCAUUGAGUUUGCAGAAAUCAACUCGCUUCAACUGAUUGAGUUAACAGGGUGCCUUCCCGAACUUGGGGAAUCCGCUGCACGAAUUCAACAAGAACAAGAAGACCUUGGAAACAACCCCGUGGAUGUUCGUAUCUCCAAUCCAUG